AUGAAAACCCACAACAAGACCAUAGCUGUCAUGAGCCCACCACGAUUGGAAGGAGAGAGAAAGCCCAGCAAAGCGAAUAUCAUCGUGACAAAUCUGAACUCCAGUCCCCACAUAAACGCAAAGAAGCCCGGAGUUUACUGGAGCUCGAAAAAUGUCCCCAUGAACAAGUUUCCAUCCAGUUUCUUCCUGAGCUUCAUCUUGGGUUUCCAGUUGGGUUCUCAUCAUAAUCAUGGCAACCAUACCGGAAAGGAAGAGGACGAUCAUCAAAGAGUAGGGACAUUGGGGUUCUUAUCAUCAUGGAGUAUGCUGUUGGCACAAAUUAAACUUGGUCAUCAAGAUGAACUUUGCACGCCACUUUGCAAGACUGCUCUUCCCUCAUAUGAAACUGGUUAA